AUGUAUGUACCAUCGAUAAAUUCACUUAAAAAUGCUUUCUAUAAUGCAAAAUCAAAAAGUCUCAGGUCUAAUCAACGCAUUGAUUUAGCAAAGAAUCUCAAAUAUUCAACUUUCCCAAGAAAUAACGAAUUGCUGCGAUUCAAUAAACUAUCGAGUUACUAUACAUUACCACAGAAAAUCAACAAUCAUCAUAAUCGACAAUAUGGUAAAGAUUAUACGACUUAUAAUAACUCUUCAAUUCCAAAAAUCAGGAAUAUCACAACAUCUGUUGAUGAUUUAAUAGUGAAUUGGAGUGAUAAUACAGAUUCACGUUAUAAUUAUAUUUGGCUUCGUGAUAAUUGUAAUUGUGCAGAAUGUAUUCACCCAACGAGUCGUCAGAAAUUACAUUCGAGUGCACAAAUACCAUUAAAUAUAGAGCCAAUAUCAACUAUGAUGUAUGAUGAAGGGAUUGAAAUUUUAUGGGGGAAAGAAUUAUUGAAAAAUAUAUCGAUUUCACCAUCGAUUUCUUCGAAAAAUGCAAUACACCAUAAAAGCCUUUUCACCCAAAAUUUUCUUCACUCUUACAAAUCAAAACGGAAUAUCUCGUCGAAGAGACUUAACAACUUACCCGUUUCUCAUUGGGAUGCAGCUCUAAUACGAUCUAAAAAUUUAUGGGUCGAAUAUGAUCACUUCAUCAGUUAUGAUCGAGUAUUAUUACAUGCAUUAAUACAAAUAUGGAAGUAUGGAUUAGUUUUCCUCAGAAAUGUCCCAGAAUUUAAUUCGUUAGAUGGAAAAGCGGGAAUAAUUAAGGUAGUGGAACGAAUCGGAUCAUUGCAAAAUACUAUUUAUGGCAACAUAUGGGAUGUCAAAAGUAUUCCGGAUUCGCGAAAUAUUGCUUAUACGGCAUUAGAAUUAGGAUUACAUAUGGAUUUAUUGUACUAUGAGGCAUCGCCCGGACUGCAAUUUCUUCACUGUCUUAAGAAUACAGUGAAUGGAGGACAAAGUACUUUCGCUGACUCUUUUAUGGCGGUCACUCGUCUACAACAACAACAUCCAAAAGAUUACGAGAUAUUGACCAAAGUUCCUAUGACAUUUCAUUAUAUCAAUGAUGGACAUUUCAUGCAUUUCAAUCGACCUGUAAUCGUAGUAGAUCAAGCAAACGAUUCUAUGGUGGAAUUUUAUCGUGCAUUUCAACAAUUUUCAUCACUUGUCGAAGCCCCGGAAUCACGAUUUGAGUUAUUGUUAAAACCUGGUGAAUUAACGAUUUUUGUUAAUCGUCGAGUAUUGCAUGGUAGACGAAGAUUUGAUGCUAAAAGUGGUGAAAGGCAUUUAAAAGGAGCUUAUUUGGAUAUGUCGGAAUUCAAAGAUCGGCUUAGAACUUUGUUAAUGAAUGAAUAA